AACUACUCGUAUUUUACUUUUGACAAAACAACUCUCGUGGAUCGAACUAACUCGAUCAUUUCCUCUUUAACAACGCGGAGUAAUCACUUAUCAGUAUUGAAUAUUUUCAGAUUUUUGAAUGAUGAAGACUACCAUGGUGGCUUCGAACAUGGAGAAAUCGAGAAAGUGUUAUUAGCAAUGAAGUCUAAUUACGAGGCAUGGGUAAACGGUUUCGCUCCUUUAUCAGUGGGAGCCGACGUGCCGGUAGCAGUGAGGGAAUUUAGUCUAACAUUAUUCAAUAUGAGGCCAGACAUAGCACUAUUCGUAUCACAUACUGUUUUUAGUAGCGACUUAAGGGGAGUAUUAGGCCUAGUGAAGGUGCCAUGUUCAAUAAUUCAAACUGCUAAAGAUGUGUCGGUGCCGAUUUCAGUUGCAACUUAUCUGAAGAACCAACUCGGCGGGCACAGCACCGUGCUUAUGUUGGAUACUGAGGGCCAUUUGCCUCACCUUAGUGCCCCUAAUAUGUUGGUGGAAAAGCUCCGGCUAGCUUUAUCUGGGUGAAAUCAUGUGUCAUGUCCCAUGUGUGUGUACUGCCUAAACUAUGUGGGCCAAUCCGGACCAUUGAAACACAAGGAAUAAGAUGGGGCAGAUGUUGAAACAUUGCUAAUAUAAUGUGGACAUGAGUUUAAUGGGAGUGUUACUUAAUCGUUUAGAAGAGGGUAAGAAUUUGCUCGACUUUUUCCCUUUUUUUUCUUUUGACAUAUUCUCUCUUGCUUUUACU